AAUGACUGCUUCUUGCGUUCACCACCUGCGUGGUAAUGUGACCAGAUAGUCUCGCUUUCUCUUUUACUACGGAGUUUAUCGUGACCCUCAGGUAAUGAGGAAAAGAAAAUGGCGGCGGAAAAGGCUAGAGGCGAGGGUGAAGAGGGGUCCUUCAGUCUCACAGUCGAAGAGAAGAAGGCGCUUUGUGGAGUAGAUAGCAGCUUUUUCGGAUUCUUGAACCGAUGCAAAGAUGGCGCCAAGAUGAAGACGCUGUUGAACAAGGCAAUUCACUGUUAUGAAUCUUUAAUAGUAAAAGCUGAAGGAAAAGUGGAAUCGGAUUUCUUUUGUCAAUUAGGUCAUUUCAAUCUCUUACUGGAAGAUUAUUCAAAAGCAUUGUCAUCUUACCAGAGAUACUAUAGUUUACAGACUGACUACUGGAAGAAUGCUGCCUUUUUAUAUGGUCUUGGUUUGGUCUACUUCUACUACAAUGCAUUUCAAUGGGCAAUUAGAGCAUUUCAAGAAGUUCUUUAUGUUGACCCUAAUUUUUGCAGAGCCAAAGAAAUUCAUUUACGACUUGGUUUUAUGUUCAAAGUGAAUACAGAUUAUGAGUCUAGUUUAAAGCAUUUUCAGCUGGCUCUGAUUGACUGUAAUGUCUGUACCUUGUCCAGUGUUGAAAUUCAGUUUCAUAUUGCUCACUUAUAUGAAACCCAGAGGAAAUACCAUUCUGCAAAAGCAGCCUAUGAACAACUUUUACAAACUGAAAGCCUUCCAUCACAAGUCAAAGCAACUGUAUUACAACAGUUAGGUUGGAUGCACCAUAAUAUGGAUCUAGUAGGAGACAAGACCACCAAAGAAAGAUACGCUAUUCAGUAUCUCCAAAAGUCAUUGGAGGAAGAUCCUAAUUCUGGCCAAUCUUGGUAUUUCCUUGGAAGGUGUUACUCUUGUAUUGGGAAGGUUCAGGAUGCCUUUGUAUCUUAUAGGCAAUCCAUUGAUAAAUCAGAAGCAAGUGCAGAUACAUGGUGUUCAAUAGGUGUGCUCUAUCAACAGCAAAAUCAACCUAUGGAUGCUUUGCAAGCUUAUAUAUGUGCUGUACAGUUGGAUCAUGGACAUGCAGCAGCUUGGAUGGACUUAGGUAUUCUUUAUGAAUCUUGCAACCAACCCCAGGAUGCCAUUAAAUGCUACUUAAAUGCAACUCGGAGCAAAAGCUGUAAUAACACCUCUGCACUUACAUCAAGAAUUAAGUUUUUACAGAAUGUUUCUGAUAAUCGGAAUAGAGUCCAGACAGCAUCACAUCAUCCAGUACAGCAGAAACUUUAUACACAGUGCUUCACAACACAGAAAUUACAGGGUCUUGGUAAAGAUCAACAACCUCCAUUUCAAACUGGAUCCACACAAUCUCUCCAAGCAGCUAGCACUGAUAAUCAGAAUCAGAAUGGAAAUCAUACUCUGCCUCAAAAUUCAAAGGGAGAUGCUCAAAACGAUUUCUUACAUAUUCCUACCUCUGAAGAACAAAAGAUCAUUAACUGUACCAAAGAGAGCAAGGAUUCAAGAAGUAAAUCCUUGAGUUCUAAAACGAGUAGGCAAGAUAGAGACACAUCUAAUAUCUGUGUUAAUGCAAAGGAACAUUCUAAUCAUAUUCAUCAGAUCUCAUCAAUUCCUGUUUCCAGCCUUAAUGAAGAUUCUAUGUCACCAAAUUUAAUAAUUGUAGACAAUCCUCAGAUUUCUGUCUUGGUUGGAGAAGUUAUUGACAAUGUGGACCGUGACACUGGAACUUGUGACAAAGUAAAUAAUGUUCAUCUAGCCAUUCAUAAAAAGCCUGAUAAUCUUACUACUUCUUUACCCUCUUCAGCCAGUUCCACAGAAACACUUUCUCUAAAGCUUACUGAGCAGACACCCAUUGUUACCAGCUUCAUCAGUCCUCACAGUGGAGUACACACAAUUAAUGGAGAAGGGCACGAGAACUCAGAGAGUUCUGUCAGUGUUAAUGUUGGCCUCAGACCUAGACCUCAAAUUAUACCAUCAAUGUCUGUGUCCAUAUACUCCAGUUCAACAGAAGUUCUGAAAGCAUGCAGGAAUCUAGGUAAAAAUGGUCUGUCUAAUGGUCAUAUUCUCUUGGAUAUAUGCCCACCUCCAAGACCACCAACUUCACCAUACCCUCCCCUACCAAAGGAGAAGUUGAAUCCACCCACUCCUAGUAUUUAUCUGGAAAAUAAGCGUGAUGCCUUUUUCCCUCCAUUACAUCAAUUUUGCAUCAAUCCAAAAAACCCUGUUACGGUAAUACGCGGCCUUGCUGGAGCUCUUAAAUUAGAUCUUGGACUUUUCUCUACCAAAACUUUGGUAGAAGCUAACAAUGAGCACAUUGUUGAAGUGAGGACCCAAUUGUUGCAACCAGCAGAUGAAAACUGGGAUCCCUCUGGAACAAAGAAAAUUUGGCGAUAUGAAAAUAAAAGUUCUCAUACUACAAUUGCUAAAUAUGCACAGUACCAGGCCUGCUCUUUCCAGGAAUCAUUGAGAGAAGAAAAUGAGAGAAGAACACAAGUUAAAGACUAUUCAGAUAAUGAAUCAACAUGUGCAGAUAUUUCUGGAAGGAGACAGAAAGCACCUUUUAAAACCAUAAAGUGUGGAAUUAACAUUGAUCUGUCUGAUAACAAAAAAUGGAAGUUGCAGUUACAUGAGCUGACUAAGCUUCCUGCUUUUGUCCGUGUUGUAUCAGCAGGGAAUCUUCUUAGUCAUGUUGGCUAUACUAUACUGGGGAUGAAUUCAGUUCAACUAUGUAUGAAAGUUCCAGGGAGUAGAAUACCAGGUCACCAAGAAAAUAACAACUUCUGUUCUGUUAACAUAAAUAUUGGUCCAGGUGAUUGUGAAUGGUUUGUUGUACCUGAAGAUUACUGGGGUGUUCUGAAUGACUUCUGUGAAAAAAAUAAUUUGAAUUUCCUGAUGAGUUCUUGGUGGCCGAACCUUGAAGAUCUUUAUGAAGCAAAUGUUCCUGUUUAUAGGUUUAUUCAGCGACCUGGAGAUUUGGUCUGGAUAAAUGCUGGCACUGUUCACUGGGUGCAGGCUAUUGGGUGGUGUAACAACAUCACCUGGAAUGUUGGUCCACUCACAGCCUUUCAAUAUAAAUUGGCAGUUGAACGAUAUGAAUGGAACAAAUUGCAAAGUAUCAAGUCAGUAGUACCCAUGGUUCAUCUUUCUUGGAAUAUGGCACGAAAUAUCAAAGUCUCAGACCCAAAGCUUUUUGAAAUGAUUAAAUACUGUCUCCUCAAGAUUCUAAAGCAGUGUCAGGCUUUGAGAGAAGCUCUUGUUGCCGCAGGGAAAGAGGUUUUGUGGCAUGGGAGGAUAAAGGAUGAACCAGCUCCUUACUGUAGCAUCUGUGAGGUGGAAGUUUUUAAUUUGCUUUUUGUCACUAACGAAAGCAAUUCUCAAAAGACAUAUAUAGUACAUUGUCAGAACUGUGCACGAAAAUCAAGUGGAAAUUUGGAAAAUUUUGUGGUGCUAGAACAGUACAAAAUGGAGGACCUGAUUCAAGUCUAUGACCAAUUUACAUUAGCUCCUUCGUUAUCUUCUGCAUCUUAAUAUUGUUCCAGAAAUACUGAGGCCGUUGUUCUUCAUGAAAUAUACUACUUAUUUUAUUGUUAUUUCUUAAGACUGCUAUCUCAAAGCUAAGUCUAUGCAACCUUUUAAGUGUAGGAAAUCAGGAGACUAAACAGAGAGCAUUACUUCUAUUCUAAGAUUUACAAGGUUGACCCAGAUGUAUUUCAUAAUUAAAAAUUAAUAGUAGUAGUCACAUGAUUUGUAUAUGUCUGCCAGAAAUACCAUUCUACACAGACUAAUGGCUUGAAAACAACCCUUUUUAUGUGUAUGUAUUUCUGGGCUGACAGAUUUCUUUAUGCUCAUAAGUUACCCCAAAUUUUUUCUUCAGAAUCAAAUAACAUCUUACUUGGCUACUUCUUUUUAAGACAACUAACAAAUUGGAAAAAAAAAUUUUACCAAUUUUUUUCGAAAGUCAAAAUAAUAUGAAAAAGGCUUGUAUUGCUCUGUCGCUGUUGUUUUGAAGUCUUGAUUUCAUGUGAUUAUGAAAUAAAAAUAUUAACAGACAAGGUAAAAAGACUAUAGGUUGCAUAUAAAUAAUUUCAAAUUUCAAACUAUUUAUAAAUAUACAUGUAUAUAUGUGUAUAUUGCUUGAAAAUACUUGUGAUGAAUGUUGUUAUUUUUCUAGAUUCACUUGCCAUUAAAUACUAAGGAGUUGUGUAAUUUUAAAUGCCAAAAUUAAAUUUUGUAUGUGUAAAUAAAGCUACUUAGCAUUGUACAUAAACUUUUAUUAAAAUUGUUUAGUGUUUAAAGAUUAAAAUUUAAAGUUUGAGUUGUGAAGACU